AUGAACGUCUUCGACGAAGAACCCAGCACCAUCACCCUCUCCACCCCCAAAGCCUCCACCACUGGCACCACCAUCGCCAUCAUCCUCGAAGAACUUAGACUCCCCUACACCCUCCACCUUCUCCCCCACUCCUCCUCAACCACAACCCUGACAGACAUCCACCGCACCGGCCACGGCCCAACCCUGCACUCCCUUCCCUCCAUAACCACCUACCUCCUGACCCGCUACGACGGCGAUCAGCACCACCACCACCACCACCUCUCAUACCCCCCGCAUUCGCCUGAACAUUACGGUGGCUGA